ACAUAUAUUUAUAUAGACCCUCAUUAUUUAUUCAGAAGCAUAACCCAAUUUUGCUUUUGCCUUCACUAGAAGACAUUUUCUUUCUGAAAACUCAAACCUCAUCAGAAUGUCUUGGUUCCUUACAAUUCUGUUUCUCACUCUAACAUUUGGUACUAAUCUUUCAGAAGCUAGCCAUGACAACAAGAAGCUUCUUCCUUCACCUGUUGUAGUUGGCACUGUCUACUGUGACACAUGUUUUCAACAAGCUUUCUCUCUAAACAGCCACUUCAUUUCAGGUGCAUCAAUAGCUGUUGAAUGCAAACUAGGAAAAACAAAACCAAAAUUUUAUGAAGAAGUGAAAACAAAUGAACAUGGAGAAUUCAAAGUUAAACUACCUUUCUUAGUGAAGAAACAUGUGAAGAGAAUCAAAGGUUGUAGUUUCAAGUUGUUAAGUAGCAAUGAACCAAAUUGUGCUAUAGCCUCAACUUCAACUUCAUUUUCACUAAGCCUUAAGAAAAAGUUACAACAAGAGCACAUUUUUUCAGCCGGAAUUUUCUCAUUCAAACCUUCAAAAAAACCAAAAUUUUGUGACCAAAAACAUAGUACUACUCAAAACCUUAAACAACUUGGUCAUGUGAAAAAUUUGGAACAAUCAAAAUUUUCAAACAAAAAGAAAGUACCUCAUGAGAUUAAAGAUUUCUUCUUUUUUCCUCCAAUUCCAUUUUUUCCACCACCUAUUAUCCCUAAUCCAUUUCAACCUCCAUUGAUUCCUAAUCCAUUUACACCUCCACCAUUGAUUCCUAACCCUUUAAACCCUCCACCUUUGAUUCCUAAUCCAUUUCAACCACCAAGUCCACCUUUGAUUCCUAACCCUUUUCAACCACCAAGUCCACCACCUUUGAUUCCUAAUCCAUUUCAACCACCAAGUCCACCACCACUUAUUCCAAAUCCAUUUCAACCUCCUCCAUCAAGUCCACCACCACUCAUUCCAAAUCCAUUUCAACCACCACCAUCAAGUCCACCACCAUUUUUUCCUUUUCCACCGGUAGUAAUACCAGGAUUAACUCCAUCACCACCGCCGCCGCCACCACCAAAAUCAAUUUUCCCCUUUCCUCUUCCUCCACUAUUCCCACCUCCUCAUAGCCCUGGCUCACCCCCUACUUCUUUAAGUCCUUGAUUAUAAACAUAUUAUAUAAUUAUAGUUUUAAAUUGCGAUCUACAACUGCAAUAUAACAGUUUUAGAGGUCUCUAUAAAAAUAUUCGAUAUUCGAAUGACAAUUGUUGUUGCAUUUGCAUGCAAUAUAAAGGUUAAUGGUGCAACUGCGACUGCAAUUUAAAACUAUGAUGAUAUUAAUGUUUAAUUCAUUUUCUUUUAUUAUGGUAUAGUAUAGUUAGCUAAAUAUGGGAAUGAGUAUGUCACAUAUGUAGUGACUUAUGCACAAAAAGAAGUUGAUACAUUAUUGAUCGAUAUGAUUGUAAUUAGUAAUAUAGAUAUAAGAAUAUUAUAUCUUAGAGCUUAUAUUGUAAUUUUUUGAGUGUGUAAUUUUUACCCUUGAAUUGCUCUAUAAAUGGACUAUUAUGAUUUUGAUAUGAA